UGGCUGCGCGCUCCGUGUUCUCGACUGUGGGUUUUAGCCAAGGCUGCAGCGCCUAGAGGCCGAGCGAGUGACAGCGGCUUCCUCGGGCGCCCACACCCGGGCAAUGCGAUUUCUGGAGCCCCUGGGGCGCAGGCUAGGCUCACGCUCCUCGCGGGCGUCGGCUAAGCCUGAGAGGCCCGGAAGCCUCCGCGGCUGGAGGAGGAGAUAGGGAGGGUAAGCCCAGGCACUCAGGCUCCCCCCCCCCCCCCCCCUCGCCCCAUUCACCACAGUGCGGGGAGCCGGAUCGCGGGACGCCGAGGCCGGGACGGGAUCCUCCGCACGAGGCCGAAGGGACCCCGCGCCUCGUCGCCUGGGUGGGCUGCGAAGAAAAUGGUGCAAUCUGAGAGCGGCUGACCCCAGCUGGCCAGAGCAAGCGGGUGCUGGACUGCUUGGGCUCAGGUGGCGGAGAAGGGGGCGGGUUGCUUCGAGCAGCCGGGUCCUGGGUUUUCUUCGUGCCCGCAGCAUUUGAUUAGCACCCGGGCAGCUCCCACGCGGGGCUGCGGGAGGCCAGGUGAAGUGAGGCAGAGGGGAUCUUGGAGGAGGCUGGGUGUACACACUCCAGGAAGAAGGCGCUGGAAAGAGCGGAAUGACACCAAGGAGGCUGGCGGCUGGGCCGGCUGCACGCCAUCCCUGAGCGACCUGUCCAUGGUAUUGAAGGAGCUCCGAGAGCCGGGGGUGCGCCCUCCUCUGUGCAGCCCGCCCCUAGCGCCCGUCAGCUGCCGCCCAGGCUCUGCAACCCCCGGGCCGGGACUAGUCGCCUAACGCCGCCUGGGUGUCCCCGCUGCCCCAAAGCUAGGCAGUCUGAAUGGCGAGGCCAGAGGCAGGCCACCCGGGAGCUUGCGGGGAAAGGCUGUCAGAGACCGUGCGUCCUCGGGCAGCUCACCUCUGAGAGCACGCGUGGGCCGGCAGGAGCCAAGGACCUACUGGUGAUCAGAAGACCGAGGCUUUGAAAAGACCUAACGGGGAGAGGAAGAACAGUUUUGGGCGCGCAUCCCCGGCCUUCGGCUUCAGAUCGAAAAGGGGAGAGUCCGGGGGAACGAGAUCCAGGGCAGCCGGGCGCUGGCGCGAUCCAUUCCUUCGGCGGAGUGCCGCGUCCUCACACGCCCUCUCUAUCAUUCCCAGGAAGCCAGGACAGUCACUCCGGUUAGCACCGAGAAACCCCAGCAAACCCCGCCGCGGUCAAGAGCACUUGGUAUUUAGUUUGCGGUUGUCGGACCGCGCGCCGACUGUCCUAACCCUCCAGAGCGGUGGGAAGUAGCGGUGUUGAGUUCGCCACCGCCGGAGGAGGCUGCACCAGCCCGGAGGAUGCCCAGGACCUCGCGGGAGUCUCUCCGGAUCAGAACUUUUUAGGCUGCCCGCCCCGAUCCCCGCAGUCUCCCGGCUCCGUACCCGCAGGUGGGGGCCAAGGGGUCGCCGCGGCGCAGAUCCCUUCCAGUCCCCACCCCCAGCUCAGCCGCCCGCCGCUUUGUUCCGGGCGAGCAGAGGGAAGGCGAGGCUGCGGCGGAUCAUGCCCAUGGUGUAGCCGCCAAGCGGAGGCAUGGCUGCCGGAAGGUUACUGCUCUACACUGGGCUAUCGCUAGCGCUCUGCGCCCUCGGCAUGCUGGCUGUGGCCAUCUGCUCCGACCACUGGUACGAGACGGACGCCAGGAAGCACAGGGACAGGUGCAAGGCCUUCAACACCCGCCGGGUCGACCCCGGCUUCAUUUACAACAACAACAACAACUUGCCUCUGCGCGCCAGCCGCUCGCGCCUGGACCGCUGGGAGGGCAAACUCCUCCGGGCCCGGAAUCGCCGGCAGCUGUUCGCCAUGAGCCCGGCGGACGAGUGCAGCCGGCAAUACAACUCCACCAACAUGGGCCUCUGGAGGAAGUGCCACCGGCAGGGCUUCGACCCGGAGAUCGCCGCCCUCAUCCGGAAAGGAGAAAUUGAGAGAUGCACGUACAUCAAGUACCACUACUCCUCAGCAACCAUCCCCAGGAACCUCACAUUCAACAUCACGAAGACCAUCCGUCAGGAUGAGUGGCAUGCCCUACACCUUCGUAGAAUGACAGCUGGCUUCAUGGGUAUGGCAGUGGCCAUCAUCCUCUUCGGCUGGAUCAUCGGUGUGCUGGGCUGCUGCUGGGACCGAGGCCUUAUGCAGUAUGUGGCAGGGCUUCUCUUCCUCAUGGGAGGAACCUUCUGCAUCAUCUCACUGUGUACCUGUGUGGCUGGGAUCAACUUUGAGUUAUCACGUUACCCACGCUACCUAUAUGGACUUCCAGAUGACAUCAGCCAUGGCUAUGGAUGGUCCAUGUUCUGUGCAUGGGGGGGCCUGGGCCUCACGCUAAUCUCGGGAUUCUUCUGUACCUUGGCCCCCUCUGUCCAACCUGUCCCGAGGACCAACUGCCCUAAAUCCAGACCAGAAAAUGGGACAGUGUGCUAAAAAAAAAAACAAAAAACCCAAAC